CUCCUCACUCACACAACUCCUGCAACCAUGAGAUUCCUGUCAGUGACAGCGGUGCUGGCCGUGAUGGCUGGUGUUUGCUAUGGUGGACUGAUUGGUGGCUAUGGUGGUCACGGUGGCCUUGGUGGACAUGGAGGCCUUGGUGGUCUUGGUGGACAUGGAGGCCUUGGUGGUCUUGGAGGUCUUGGAGGUCUUGGUGGUCUUGGUGGCCUUAAAGGCCUUGGUGGUCUUGGAGGUCUUGGAGCUCUUGGUGGUCUUGGUGGCCUUAAAGGCCUUGGUGGUCUUGGAGGUCUUGGUGGUCACGGUGGCCUUAAAGGCCUUGGUGGUUAUGGUGGCUACGGUGGCGGCAGCGGUUAUGGGGGAGGCUUGGAAGGUUUCGGUGGCUUUGGAGGCCAUGGUGGGGGUCUCAAAGGAGGAUACGGAGGCCAGGGAGGUCACACAUUCGUGCUGAGCAAGAGCCACGGAAGCCAUGGAGGAUUUGGACAUGGUGGACAAGGUCAGUUUGGCCUGGGAGGAGCCGGUGGAUUUGGCAAAGGCGGAUACAAUAAAUUUGGCGGUGGUGGUGGACUCGGAGGAAUAGGUCUUGGUGGACUUGGUCAUGGUGGCUACGGGAAGUAAGGCAGCUGGAGUCUCCUAGCACUGAGGACCAGCACAACUCUCGUCACUUGUACCUCUUCAAUAAAUAGUUUAAAUGAUA